AUGGCCAUGGAUCAGAUUCCUGGGCAAAACAUCUACAUCGGAGGCGUUUUCGCGCUCAAGAACAAAGCGGCCCUGAGUCGAGCAAACAUUACCCAUAUCCUUUCAGUGGUCCGACUACAACAAGUGGAUGACACUUUUGCAUCUUACCAGCAUCACCAAAUUGAUGUAGAUGAUAUGGAUGAUGAGAACCUCCUAGAGAAUUUCCCGUCUGCCAUCAAUUUUAUCCAGUCCGGUCUGGAUAAUGGCGGAAGCGUGCUUGUUCAUUGUGCGAUGGGGAAGUCCCGCUCAGCCGCAGUCUGCAUUGCCUAUAUGCUCCACCAACAACCCAGUGCACUAACACCAGAGUCUGCUCUGGCGGUGAUCCGCCAGAGUCGAGCGUUCUGUGAGCCUAACGACGGGUUCAUGGAGCAAUUAUCCAUCUACCGUGAGAUGGGUUGCCCGGAUGACGUCACAAGUCAUCCUCUCUACAGUCGCUGGCUCUAUCGCCGCGAAGUUGAAGAUAGCGUAGCAUGUGGACGGGCGCCGGAGAUGAGCUCUGUGCUCUUCGAGGACGAGCAACAGAGGUCGCGGGAGACUACGGAUCGAACAACAGAGAUCAAGUGCCGCAAAUGCCGACGGACGCUGGCAACCACGCCAUUCGUCAUUCCGCAUGACCCGAAAAGGGGCGCAAAGGCAUCGAAUGAUUGUGCCCACAUCUUCCUGCACCCGCUGACAUGGAUGCGCCCGUGCCUCUUCCCCAACAGUGCCCCUGACGCAUCGCCUUCCGAGGACGCACCGCUUUCCGGUCGCUUGACUUGCCCGAACACAGCCUGUGGAUUCAACAUCGGCAAGUUUGCGUGGCAGGGCAUGCAAUGUAGCUGCAGCGAAUGGGUGGUACCCGCCAUCGGGCUCGCCAAGGCCAGGGUUGACAUUUUUGAUCGAGUCAACACGGGACAUGGACCCGGACGGUUGCCGCCGGCAGCAUUGGGCAUUCGGUUGCCGCCUGGCAUGAGACCCAAUAGCGUGGAGGAGCCGAAUGGGGGGCGGGGGAGCCUGUGA